CAGAACAAGGAGGUAGCAGUCCUGAAAGCUGCUGAAGGUUUUCUCAGACAUCAAGGUUUUCCAGUUCUGUGGAUUGGCCCACACGAUGUGCACCGGGCAGUGUUCUCGAUGUAUCGGCUUGAUACUGAUACCGUUGGCAUUUAUAUGCAUCGGAGCCAAUCUUCUGCUCAUUUUCCCCAACGCCGAGAGAAAAUGGGUCCAUCACAUCACUCUUCAGGUCUGGCUAAUGGGAGGAAUAAUCGGAGGUGGACUUUUUAUCCUGUGCCCUGGGUGUGCUGCCAUACGUGCCGGUGGGAAAGGUUGCUGUGGAGCCGGAUGCUGUGGAAACAGAUGUCGGAUGCUGCGAUCUGUGUUCUCUUCCGCCUUCGGUGUCCUGGGCUCCUUCUACUGUCUGGUUGUGUCUGCGACAGGUCUGGGGCACGGCCCGUUGUGUAUGGUAGAGUCUGGACAAUGGGAAUACCCCUUCCUGAACCUUCCGAACGGGACUAACUACCUGAUGAACCAGACCAUGUGGGAUACAUGUAUUGAGCCCAAGGAUAUUGUCAUGUGGAACGUGGUCUUAUUCUCAAUCCUACUUGCGUCCAGUUCGAUCGAGCUGGUUUUAUGCACCUUGCAGACCAUUAACGCGGUGAUUGGAGUGUUCUGUGGAGAUUGCAGGAAGAAAAACAAGAAAGGCGAUGGUGAUUAAUGUUCAGACCUGGCGAGGCGACAACGUAGAUUUUGACGCCCCCUUGUUGAUUCCAGCAACCUGAAAUGUCUUCACGCUCUCAGCCAGUAGUUUCAGUGGGCAUCCCCCCACCCCCCCCCCCCCCCGUUCCAUUUGUACAUUCCAAGGAUGAUGGCAGUCUGCUCUGGCUUGUUAUGACUCCAGGAGAUGGGACCUACACGCACGGAACCAAGACUUCUGACCAAGGAUACAUCUCCAACUUCAUCGCAUUCCAAUCAGAGACCUGAUAAACCGUUACUCCUCAGUGCCUCAGAGCAGAUGCCCCUUAGAGCGGAUGCCCCCAGCACCGCUCAGUCCCUCUCAGAGCAGAUGCCCCCCAGCACUGCUCAAACCCUCUCUGCCUCUCUCAUUUCCACUACUUUUCUCGUGCUUUUUAUCUUCCAGUCUCUCCCCUCCCGUUCUCCCUAUUUAUUUCUGUCUCUCUCGCCGCCUCUCUGUCUCUCACUCUAUCAAGUUUAUAGUCACGGGCAUACACACCCAGGGUAUUAAAUGCCAUGAAAAUGAGCCCUUUCCAGCAACAACAUAACAAAUAAAUUAACAUAAAUUAUACAUAACUUAAAAGACAAAAGUAAACAAAAUAAAAUAAUGAUAUUAGUUGAGAGAGAGGAAGAAUAUAAUCUCAUUCUAUCUCUCAUAGUAUCUGUGUCUCUCCAUCUCCAUCCCUCCUUCACCAUCUCUCUCUCUCUAUCUUUCCCUCUCUCUCCCUCUCUCUCUCUUUCUCUCCCUCACUUGUCCCUUGGGAUAUCAUUAGCUGCCGUACCCAGUGAAGGUGAUGGGAUUCCCCAGCAGGCAAGGGGACUGACCUCUCUGGUCCAAGCGUCAAACCUCAGAUACCACCAGGAAGGGGGGGGGGUGAAUGCUCGAGUGGAGAACAUAGGAACUGUUGGCCCAGGCGAUGAGUCGGGCGGUGGCCAGAACAAGUGAGGAAGUGGUGAGCAAGGCUUACGGGGUAAGAGGGCUUGGUUGGGGUGGUCAGGGAGGUGGGGGGGGGGGGGAAGUUAGCAUGGAAUUUGUUCAGAGAUCUGCAGGGAUCAGGGAUCGUGGUCUGAAUCAGGGGAAAGAGGGAGCGGAAUGGGAUGGAUAUAUUGGAGAAUGGGAUAGGGAGGGAUGUGAGCACAGGAUAUAUUGGGCAGGAAGGGCAGUGGGUAGGAAUGCUUUUCAACAUAAACUCCAAAAGUUAUUGAAGAUAGUUGGUGAGGUGUAAUAUUUGGCCCCAAAGUUUUGUUUUUUUUUAUCAGACCCUGUUGUUUUGCUUCUGUAUGAUC